AUGGCUCCUGAUCCGACCACUGCCGCCAGUACUAAUAGUCGGCUAGUAAAGCAAGCAAGCAUAUCUAGCUGUGCAUAUGUGACGUUCUUGGCUGGAAAUGGAGAUUAUAUCAAAGGUGUCGUGGGCUUAGCCAAGGGACUAAGAAAGGUGAAAAGCAAAUACCCAUUAGUGGUGGCUAUCUUGCCUGAUGUUCCAGAAGAUCAUCGGAAAAUUCUGGUCUCUCAAGGCUGCAUAGUCAAAGAGAUUGAGCCUGUCUAUCCACCUGAGAACCAGACUCAGUUUGCUAUGGCCUAUUACGUUAUCAACUACUCCAAGCUUCGUAUAUGGGAGUUUGUGGAGUACAGUAAGAUGAUAUAUUUGGAUGGUGAUAUCCAAGUGUUUGAGAAUAUAGACCAUCUUUUUGACUUGCAAGAUGGGUACUUUUACGCUGUGAUGGAUUGUUACUGUGAAAAAACCUGGAGCCACUCUGUACAACACAAAAUUGGUUAUUGCCAACAAUGCCCUGACAGAGUCAAGUGGCCAGCUGAAUUGGGUCCUGCACCUCCUCUGUAUUUUAAUGCUGGAAUGUUUGUUUAUGAGCCCAGUUUAUCCACUUACGAUGAUCUGUUGAAAACUCUCAAAGUCACCCCUCCAACUCCAUUUGCUGAACAGGAUUUCUUGAACAUGUUCUUCAAGGACAUUUACAAACCCAUUCCUCCAAUCUAUAAUCUUGUUUUGGCUUUAAUUUGGCGCCAUCCAGAGAAUAUUGAAGUUAACAAGGCCAAGGUUGUUCACUAUUGUGCUGCUGGGUCUAAGCCAUGGAGGUAUACUGGAAAGGAAGAGAAUAUGGACAGAGAAGACAUAAAGAUGUUGGUGCAGAAAUGGUGGGAUAUAUACAAUGAUGAGUCUUUGGAUUACAGGAAUACUGUGGCGGCUGCUGGAGGAGAUGAAGGUGGCAUGCAGCCAUUCUUGGCGGCGCUAUCGGAAGCUGGGGUGGUUCAUUAUGUUAACGCCCCAUCCGCUGCUUAG